GCGCAUUAGUGGAGAAUUCGUUGCUAACUGAGUAGCUUGCCGUAACCCUGUCUGUGCUCGAGAAGUUCUAAUUUAUCCGCCAAACGAGUUUAUCAUCUAAACAAAAUGCCUCCAAAGAAGAAGGGAAAGGGAAAGAAGGGCAAGAAGAAAGGGAAGAAGAAGAAUGAUGGUGAGCUGACCGUUGAGGAUAAAUACAAGAAGACAUUGCUGGAGAUAGAUGCUUUGAAAGACCAUUUAGAUAACAGGAGGGAUAUUUCGCGCCGCUCCCAGGCCCAAUCUGAAGAAUGGAAGACACGCAUGAAGGCUGCAGAGGGAGAUGUGGAGCAGCAAAAAUCAGACCAAAAAGAUGUAAUGGCUGAUAUGACUCGUCAGUAUAAGACAAAGCAAACUGAAAUGGACGCUCAUGUGAGAAGGCUAGAGGUUGAGCUGCAAAAGGUCACAAGUGCAUUGACAAAAACUAGUGAAAACCUAAAGGCAACCACAGCAGAGAAAGAGAAGAUAACAAAGGAGAAAAACGAGACGAUCGGAGAGUUGGAGGAGAAGAUAAAGACGAUGGAAUAUUCGUACGAGAAUAUGCUGGAGGAAGCAAUGGAUAACAUGGUUGACAAGUUAAACAAUGCCAAGAUACAAUGGCUAGAUGAAUCCAGGACCAUUCACAUGCAACACAAACAAAAGUUAUUAGAAUUCGGUUUAAAUCCUCUAGAUAUUUAGAUGUUUAAAGUGUACCAAUCAUCAACAUUUUUUUCUCUCUGUAUGGUACAGGUUCCACUUUGCUCUUCAAAAAAAGAGAAACGAGCUGCAAAUACUAUUUGUAUAUAAAGAGAUAUUACAAGCUA